CUGUCAUUGUCCAGACAUGUGUGUGUUGCCCUAGGUAGAAGGGAGGAAUGAGGGGAAGCCUUUGACAUCUGUCAUUCUAGCCAGAAAGGUCUCCUGCCUUUUCAGUGAUCUGAGAGAAGAAAUAGGGUAGCGGAUAUUGGUGGGGAAAAACAUGCUGACAGAAUUACAGAAUUUUAGAGCUAAAAGGAAUGGCAGAGCAGGGAAUAGAAGAAGCCAGGUUUUGAAAAGGAAUGAGACCACCAUUAACACCACAGUCUCUUCUUUGAGAGGCAAGACUGGUAUAGCAGAUGCACCUUGGUCUUGUCAGGAGAAAAACCUGAGUUUGACUCUUGCCUCAUACACUUACUAGCUCUGUGACCUUGGGGCAAAUCUCUUCAGUUUGGGGGGCCUCAGUUUCCUCAUCUGUAAAAUGAGGUUGGAUAGGAUAUUCUCUAAGAUUCCUUCUAGUUUGAACUGAUGCUACUUGAUACUUAGUUCUCCAAUGACUAGCAGAUUAGGUUUAGGAAGAUUGCAGAAGGAUUUGGGGCUCUGUCAUCUGGGACAGAGGCAGAGUCUAGGAAGAAGACUCUGGUAAGGAUGAGUCUCCUGCCCUCCUUGGACCCGAAUCCAGUUCACUCAACCCAGCUGAGCAGCUGAACAGCUGAGCAACCGGAUCCGAGAGGGAAUUGGAGGGGGGAGGGAAGGCACAGUCCACAAAGUUUCCCUCCCCCUCUCCCACCAAGGCUCUGCACUAUUUUUGGGCAGUGCCGACCCCGCCCCAGCCCCAGCUCCAGCCUUCCCGGGGUCCUUUCCAGAGUACUGGCUAUUCAUCCUGGCAAGAGGGGCCCGCUGUGUCCGAAGGGGCUGAUCCGUGGCUGAAGGUCUAUCCGAGGCCAUGUCGGGUCGCUCCGUGCCCCACGCCCACCCGGCCACCACCGAGUACGAGUUCGCUAAUCCGAGCCGUUUAGGGGAACAACGAUUUGGGGAAGGCCUGCUCCCAGAGGAGAUCCUGACUCCCACCCUGUACCAUGGCUACUAUGUCCGACCACGGGCAGCUCGAGCAGGGGAAAGCAGUGGAGCAGGGGCCUCGGAGCUCCGUCUUAGUGAAGGCAAGUUUCAGGCCUUCCUAGAUGUGAGUCAUUUUACCCCAGAUGAGGUGACGGUGAGGACCGUGGACAACCUGCUGGAGGUGUCUGCCCGGCAUCCUCAGCGCCUGGAUCGACAUGGUUUUGUGUCUCGUGAGUUCUGCCGUACCUAUGUCCUGCCUGCUGAUGUCGAUCCCUGGCGAAUUCGGGCUGCACUCUCCCAUGAUGGCAUCCUCCAACUGGAGGCUCCACGGGGAGGAAGACAUUUAGACACAGAGGUCAAUGAGGUCCACAUUUCUCUGUUACCGAGGCCUCCUGACCAAGAGGAAGAAGGGGAGGGUGACUUGAUGGGACUCUGAUUAUCCCCAACCUGGCACCAAGCAAGUCCUUUUCUAUCUUAGAAGAAGGGCUAUUGCUGCAUGGUGAUGAGAGCAGCUGC